AUGGAUGCAGCAACAUUCACACAAACGAAGAUCCUGUGUGGGAUUAGUGUUCAGAAGAAGAUGGAUGAAAUGCACCCUUAUCAUCCUCUUUACAAGAGCGAAGCUAAUUAUCACAAGAACCGAGAUGAAGCAGAGAUGGAUAUGCUGCGUAGAACAAUGGGUCUAGGAUUCCCUCUCAAACUACAGAUGGAAAGAAAGCUUGCGGGCAAGGUUGGUCAUCUUCCCUGCAUAACCACGUCUAGCCAUGCAUCCCUGGACGCCCUGCAGGGUAUCGAUACCACCAUCAGCUACGACGAUAUCUUUGGACAGGCGGAGUUCAUGGAGGCCAUCCCCGACCUGCCCUUCAACGCUGUCAACAAUAUGAAGAACUAA